AUGCGCUGGGAAAGUUAUUGCAUUUACAGGAUGUCAGAUUCAGACAGCGAUGAGGACCAGGAUCGUCCUUUUUCAAUAACUGGAUUUUUAUUUGGAAAUAUUAACGAAGAUGGACAACUGGAAGGUGACAGUGUGUUGGACAAUGAGUCAAAGAAACAUCUGGCUGGCCUAGGCAAUCUUGGGCUUGGAUCACUUAUUACAGAAAUAACUGCAAACGAAGAAGACAGCCCAGAGGAUCCCAAAGGCUCAAGUGUUGUAGAUGCAGAAGGCUGGGUGAAAAGCACUGAAGAUGCUGUGGAUUACUCUGACAUCAGUGAAGUUGCAGAGGAUGAAACAAGAAAGUAUCGGCAGGCAAUGGGCUCAUUGCAACCAAGCAAGAAGAUUGAUGAUGGAGAUGACUAUGAUGCUGACUGUGAAGAUAUUGACUCUAAGCUGAUGCCACCUCCUCCUCCACCAACUCUUACCACAUCAGUUAAAAAAGAUGAAGCUGGUCAAAGCACAAAUAUUCCAGAAGAGGGUGAUGGUAUUAUAUUACCAUCUAUCAUUGCACCAUCUUCUUCUGGAGACAAGGUCGACUUCAGUAGUUCUUCAGAUUCAGAAUCGGAAACUGAUCGUCCUUCACAAAAGUCUGGUUCAGGUGGGGCCCCAGAUCGGCUCACCCUACCUCUUGCUGGAAUUAUGCAGAAAGAUGCUGCCAAAGCCUUGCCAAAAGUCACGGAGCUUUUCCCAGAGUUUAGACCUGGAAAGGUUCUCAGAUUCUUAAGAUUGUUCGGACCCGGAAAGAACAUGCCGUCUGUUUGGAGAAGCGCCAGAAGGAAAAAAAAGAGAAAACACAGAGACCAUCAGCCUGGAACACCUCCACCUGAGGGCGAAAGCUCAGAGCAAAGUCAAGAGAAGUCUGGGUGGGUGUAUGAGUACGCACUAGCUCCGCCUCCAGAACAAUGUCUCUCUGAUGAUGAGAUUACUAUGAUGGCUCCAGUAGAAUCCAAGUUUUCACAGUUGUGUGGUGAUGGAGAUAAAGAAACAGAGUCUCGACCUAAAGUAGCAGAAUGGAGAUAUGGGCCGGCUCAGCUGUGGUAUGACAUGCUUGGUGUCCCUGAAGAUGGAAGCAACUUCAACUAUGGUUUCAAACUAAAGGAGAAAAAUGAUGAGCUGGAGACUGAAGAACCCUCCAAGGAUGUAACAGACAUGGCUUUGGUACCUCAAGAACUUGAAGACUGUGAAGAAGACGGUGACAAAGAGCCAAAACACCUUGAGAAUGAGCUGUUUCUGAUGGUCACUCAGCUGCAGUGGGAGGAUGAUAUCAUCUGGAAUGGAGAGGAUGUGAAACACAAGGGGACUAAGACUCAAAGAGCCAGCCUGGCAGGAUGGCUCCCCUCCAGCAUGACACGCAACGCCAAUGCAUAUAAUGCCCAACAAGGUCUUACAAGAAGUAAUUCACAACUUGGCCCACCCCCAUUGCCCCCUCCACCAAAAGUGUCGAUGAUCUCUGGCUCUAAACGGGACAAAAAUUGUUUGGAUAAUUCAGUGUCUCACGAAGAUGAUAAUCAUUGGUACUCAAUUUUCCCCAUUGACAAUGAGGAGCUGGUGUAUGGGCGCUGGGAAGACAAUAUUAUUUGGGAUGACCAGGAGAUGGAUUACUUUCUUGCUCCACCUGUUCUUACACUUGACCCAAAUGAUGAGAACAUUAUUCUAGAAAUUCCAGAUGAAAAGGAGGAAAUUACAUCUCAUUCGCCAUCAAAAGAAAACAAAAAGGAAACUGCACUCAAGAAAAGUCGAAUCCUGCUGGGGAAGACAGGCGUAAUAAAAGAUGAACCUCAGCAGAACAUGUCCCAACCUGAGAUAAAAGACCCAUGGAACCUCUCAAACGAUGAAUUCUACUAUCCCAAACAACAAGGUCUACGAGGCACCUUUGGAGGAAACAUUAUUCAGCACUCUAUCCCUGCCUUGGAGUUGAGGCAGCCUUUCUUUCCGACACACAUGGGACCCAUGAAACUACGUCAAUUCCAUCGACCGGCUUUGAAAAAGUACUCAUUUGGUGCUUUGGCACAGCCAGGACCACAUCCAGUUCAACCUCUUCUUAAGCACAUCAAGAAAAAAGCUAAGAUGAGAGAACAAGAGCGGCAGGCAUCUGGAGGUGGAGAUAUGUUUUUUAUGCGAACUCCUCAAGAUCUCACAGGCAAAGAUGGAGAUCUGAUUUUAGCAGAGUACAGCGAAGAAUAUGCACCGACGAUAAUGCAAGUGGGCAUGGCCACCAAAAUCAAGAACUACUACAAACGUAAACCUGGUAAAGACCCAGGAGCACCUGACUGUAAAUAUGGAGAAACUGUGUAUUGCCACACGUCACCCUUCCUUGGAUCUCUACACCCCGGGCAGCUGUUGCAGGCAUUUGAGAACAACCUUUUCCGUGCACCUAUUUACCUGCACAAAAUGCCAGAGACCGAUUUUCUGGUUUUGCGAACACGUCAUGGAUACUACAUUCGAGAGCUCGUGGAUAUAUUUGUGGUUGGCCAGGAGUGUCCACUGUCUGAGGUUCCGGGACCGAACUCCAAAAGAGCCAAUACACACAUCAGAGACUUCCUACAAGUAUUUAUUUACAGGUUGUUCUGGAAGAGCAAGGACCGACCCAGAAGAAUCCGAAUGGAAGACAUUAAAAAAGCUUUUCCAUCACAUUCAGAAAGCAGCAUUAGGAAACGUCUUAAACUUUGUGCUGACUUUAAACGCACAGGAAUGGACUCCAACUGGUGGGUUUUAAAGCCUGACUUCCGAUUACCAACUGAAGAGGAGAUCAGAGCCAUGGUGUCUCCAGAGCAGUGCUGUGCGUACUACAGCAUGCUGGUGGCAGAGCAGAGACUGAAGGAUGCUGGUUAUGGAGAGAAAUCAUUCUUUGCACCGGAGGAGGAGAAUGAAGAGGACUUUCAAAUGAAAAUUGAUGAUGAGGUUAGGACUGCCCCCUGGAAUACCACAAGAGCCUUCAUUUCAGCCAUGAAGGGGAAAUGUCUGCUGGAGGUCACUGGUGUUGCUGAUCCGACUGGCUGUGGAGAGGGGUUUUCCUAUGUUAAGGUGCCAAACAAGCCCACACAGCAGAAGGAUGACAAAGAACCCCAGCCUGUCAAAAAGACUGUGACAGGAACUGAUGCUGAUUUGAGAAGACUUUCUUUAAAAAAUGCCAAGCAACUUCUACGCAAAUUUGGUGUACCAGAGGAAGAAAUUAAGAAGCUGUCUCGAUGGGAGGUGAUCGAUGUAGUGAGAACCAUGUCCACAGAGCAGGCCCGCUCUGGUGAAGGACCCAUGAGUAAGUUUGCCCGAGGUUCACGCUUCUCUGUGGCUGAGCAUCAGGAGCGCUACAAGGAGGAGUGCCAGAGGAUCUUUGAUCUGCAGAACAAGGUGUUGGAGUCAACGGAGGUGCUGUCCACAGACACAGACAGCAGCUCUGCAGAGGACAGUGACUUUGAGGAGAUGGGGAAGAAUAUUGAGAACAUGCUGCAGAACAAAAAGACCAGCUCACAGCUUUCCAGAGAGCGUGAAGAGCAGGAGAGGAAGGAGCUCCAGAGAAUGUUAAUGGGAGAAGAAAGUGAUCGAGACCACAAGGGCCGGAAGGACAGGCGGAAAGGCUUAUCAAGCUCUUUGUCCACCAGCUCCCACAAAGAUGACGACACUUGCUCUGUCACCAGUCUGAACUCAGCCUCAGGGCGCAGGCUCAAGAUUUACCGCACAUUCAGAGAUGAGGACGGGAAAGAGUAUGUUCGCUGUGAAACUGUGCGCAAAGCCUCUGUCAUAGAUGCAUACCUGAGGAUCAGAACCACAAAGGAUGAUGAUUUCAUUCGAAAAUUUGCCGUUUAUGACGAGCAACACAGAGAGGAGAUGCGGAAGGAGCGGCGGCGUAUUCAGGAGCAGCUGCGCAGACUCAAGCGCAACCAAGAAAAGGACAAGUUCAAAGGGCCUCCAGAGAAGAAGGCCAAAAAGGCCAAGGACAGGCCAGACCUCAAGGUAAAACUUAAAUGUGGUGCUUGUGGAGCUAUUGGACACAUGAGGACGAACAAGUUCUGCCCACUAUACUAUCAAACGAACGCUCCACCCUCUAACCCGGUGGCAAUGACCGAGGAACAAGAGGAGGAACUGGAGAAGACUGUUAUUCACAAUGACAAUGAGGAGCUGAUCAAAGUGGAAGGCACCAAAAUAGUUCUGGGAAAACAGCUCAUUGAGAGUGCGGACGAAGUGCGAAGAAAGUCUUUGGUGUUAAAGUUCCCCAAGCAACAGCUCCCAGCAAAGAAGAAGAGACGUGUUGGCAGCGCUGUGCAUUGUGACUAUCUCAAUAAACCACACAAGUCCAUCCAUCGCAGACGUACUGACCCCAUGGUGACUUUGUCUUCAGUGCUGGAGAGCAUCAUCAAUGACAUGCGGGACCACCCAAACACAUAUCCUUUCCACACACCUGUGAAUGCCAAGGUUGUAAAGGACUAUUACAAGAUUAUUAAUCGUCCAAUGGAUCUUCAAACACUGAGAGAAAAUGUGCGGAAACGUCUCUACCCGUCUAGAGAUGAGUUUCGAGAAGCUGUAGAGCUAAUUGUGAAGAACAGCGCCACUUACAAUGGAGCAAAACAUCCUAUUACACAAGUAGCACAGUCGAUGCUAGAUUUGUGUGAUGCAAAACUGAAAGAGAAAGAAGACCGAUUAGUGAGGCUGGAAAAAGCCAUAAACCCUUUGCUGGAUGAUGAUGAUCAAGUUGCCUUUUCUUUUAUUUUGGACAACAUUGUGACUCAGAAAAUGAUGGCAGUGCCUGAUUCAUGGCCGUUCCAUCAUCCUGUCAACAAGAAGUUUGUGCCAGACUAUCACAAGGUCAUCGCAAUCCCCAUGGACCUAGAGACUGUCCGGAAGAACAUUUCCAAGCACAAAUAUCAAAACAGAGAGUACUUCCUCUCAGACAUCAGUCUUAUCCAUGCAAAUAGCAACAAGUACAAUGGUCCAGACAGCCCAUACACCAAAACAGCUUUGGACAUAGUCAACGUGUGCAAACAGACUUUGGCAGAUUACGACGAGCAUUUGACCCAGUUGGAGAAGGACAUCUCCACUGCUAAAGAGGCUGCUUUGGAUGCAGCUGAUCUGGAGAGUUUUGACUCAAUGACUCCGGGGCCCUACACACCUCAGCCUGUUGACCUGUUUGACAGUGCCGCCUCAGGAAGCAUGCCAAGAGAGACCAGCAGUCUUUUCUCUGAAGGACCUCUAGUGGUUGCUCCAGAGAAGAGAGGUGGUCAGGGUCGUCACAGCAGAAGACUUGGAGAAGAAGAGUCAGACGUGGACAUUGAAGGCUUUGAAGAGGAUGACGACGGAAAGCCCAAAACCCCUGCUCCUGCAGAGGAUGCAGAGGGAGACUUGGAGGAUGAUGAUGAUGAAGAUGAUAUGUUGCUGAUGCCGCCUCGCAGGCGACUGCACAAUGAAGACGAUGAUGAAGACGAUGAGGACAGCAGGUCGAACCGCCCAGCUCAGUCCAGUGUUCUGUACCAGGACCUGCUCAUGUCCGAUGGAGAGGAUGAUGCGAGCGAGGAAGAAGGAGACAAUCCAUUCUCUUCCAUUCAAUUGUCUGAGAGCGGCAGUGACUCGGACAGAGAGCUGGAUGUGAGACCGCAGCCCCCGCGCAGGACCCAGGAGACGGCCCGCAUGGGAAUGGAGCAGGACGAGAGUAUGAUGUCAUAUGAAGGGGCCGAUGAACCUCAUUUGGAAGACAGCAAUGUCAGCUAUGGGAGUUACGAGGACCCAGAGAGCCGCAGUCAGAUGCCCCCGUCGAGCCUGGGCAACGGCGAUGAGUACAGCGUCAGUGAGGAAGAGGAGGAUGAGGAGGAUGAAGCUCGCAGGAGGGGCCCUGCUGUGCUGUCCCAAGUGCAGCUCAGUGAGGAUGAGGAGAGCGAGGAGUUCAGGUCCAUUGGAGGAGACAGCGGCAUGGACUCUGAUAAUUAG